GAUAUUAUUUAUAAUACGUUUUUUGCUAAAGAGAGUUUGCUUGGGCCAUUGCGCGGUAGAUGAUUGUAUGGUUGGUGUGUGGAAAAGUGGUUUGGAUUUCAGUGCCUUUUCAGACAAUAAAUAAUUUUGGUAGCUAAUUAUAUAAUGCUAAUAGUGAGAUGGGUCAAUGUUAUGUAUAUUAAUUGUUAUUAGAUUAUUGUUAUUGGCGUGUGUAUGUAUACACACACACACACACACACCAAUUAUGAAGACAGUAUAUAAAGUAACUCCAGAAAUGUUACAUUAAAAAAAAAUAUAAAUUUUGUUACAUCUAUUUUUUGAUAAAAUUUGUUUUAUUUAAAUGACACAAUCAAUUUAUUUCCAAAUUAAGAUUCAGAAAGUCCGGCUGCUCCGAUCAUAAAGAAGAAAAAAAAGCUUUAAAAAGAAGAAAAUGCUGAUUUUACACUCAACAAACGACAUUUUCCUUAUCUCUCAACAAGUUGCAAAAUGAACGGGGUGAUUUCCUACUUGCGAACUAACAUUACGCACGCGUUCUGCAACAGCGAGAGUUACGACGGAGGAAAAAGGAGGAAACGGAUACGAGCCUAUUAAACGUACAACCAGUCGGAGCGGUCGCAUUGCGGGGCACCGACACGCACGGCUUCAUUUUUAACCCUUUCCCUCUUGAUUUUUUUCCCUUUUUUUGUUUCCCCUCACGUUUCUAGCGAGAAAGUGUAUGUCGGGCUGGCUGGCACUUUACGGUUGUAAAUACCGCGACAUAUGUAAUCGGUUUUUAGCGCGAUAUCUCCCGCGUGCGUGUGCGCCGUGCUCGUAGUUGGUUCUCGCGCGAUAAACCCCCGAUUCACCUGUUGCAGAUGUGCGCGAGACCUGAAUGAAACCGCCAGCGGUUGCACGUACACGCGCGUGUCACUGACAAGUGCAUCGUUUCCGCCAUAACCUAACUACCGUCGACGUCGACGAUAGCCGCAGGAUAAUUAGCAUACUAAUUAUCCGACAGUCGCUGCAACGGCGCGAUGAUAUAUUCCUGAAAGAUGAUGUUUGCUCGCCGCAAAGCAGUGCUGAAGUUGUCAUUUUUCAUGCUCUACGUAAUCGGCGUCCUGGUCAUCGCCAGACGAGUGUUCCGCGCCAGCGACAGUCCCAGCGCUUCCAACGGUCACCUGCCGUUUCCACGACGAAUCGACAAUAGCUCCCAGAGGCAGAGCGAUGUGGACGUCGCGUUGCAGAGACUGCGGAAGGAACGGUACGAGGAGCAGAUAUUGAAAUUGGAGUACGGCGUUGUGCCUGGCCUGGGGGAGGAUGGGCAGCCCGCUUAUCUCUACGGCAAGGACAAGAUUCAGGGUGAAGCGGCGCUCGCGAAGAAAGCGCUCAACAUCGUCCUCUCGAACAAGAUAUCGUUGACCAGAAAAUUACCAGAUGUACGCAACCCACUAUGCGCGAAUCUUACGUAUGACGCAUCACUGCCCAGCGCCAGCGUAAUUAUCAUUUUUUAUAAUGAACCGUGGAGCGUUCUACUGCGCACAGUGUACAGUGUCCUGGGUGGUUCCCCGUCGCACAUAUUAAAGGAGAUUAUUCUGGUCGAUGAUCACAGCGAAGAAGAAGAGCUUCAGGAGCAACUGAAUUAUUACAUCUCGACGCGUUUACCCGCGAAGGUCAGGCUGCUGAGAUUACCGCGUAGACAGGGACUGAUACGUGCUCGCCUUCAUGGAGCUAGAAAUGCUGCGGGCGACGUUCUCGUCUUCCUCGACGCACAUUGCGAAGUCAUCAAAGACUGGUUGCAGCCUCUGCUGCAGCGGAUAAAGGAUAACAAGAACGCCGUGUUGAUGCCAAUAAUUGACAACAUAUCGGAGGAAACGUUGGAGUAUUUUCACGACAACGACGCGUCGUUCUUCCAAGUCGGUGGAUUCACGUGGUCGGGUCACUUCACGUGGAUCAAAAUUCAGAAGCACGAGAUCGAGUCGCGCUCCUCCCCCAUAUCGCCAACCAGGUCGCCCACUAUGGCAGGCGGUCUGUUCGCCAUCGACAGAGAGUACUUCUGGCAACUUGGCAGCUACGAUGAUAAGAUGGACGGUUGGGGCGGCGAGAACCUGGAGAUGUCUUUUCGAAUUUGGCAGUGCGGCGGGUCAUUAGAAAUCAUCCCUUGCUCACGAGUCGGCCACAUAUUCCGAAACUUUCAUCCGUACAAAUUCCCGAACGACAAGGACACUCACGGGAUAAACACCGCCCGUUUGGCGUUCGUAUGGAUGGACGAGUACAAGAGAUUAUUUCUGCUGCAUCGUAGUGAGUUCAAGGACAAUCCGAAACUCAUCGGGGAUGUAAGCGAACGUUUGGAGUUACGUAGAAAGCUCAAGUGCAAGAGCUUCAAGUGGUACCUCGACAACGUUUAUCCCGAGAAAUUCAUCCCCGACGAGAACGCGCUAGCGUAUGGGCGCGUCAAGUUGCGCAACAAGCAGCUCUGCUUGGACAAUCUGCAGCACGAGGAGGAUAAACCGUAUAAUUUAGGCUUGUACAGUUGUCACACUAAACUGUAUCCGAGUCAGUUCUUCUCUUUGAGCAAAUCCGGCGAACUGAGGAGGGAAGAGACCUGUGGGAGGAUACUGGACGUCGACAGCUCGAAGUCGUACGUGCAAGUUCAAAUGUCCGAAUGUGAUGACGGAAAUGGCGAAAAAGACUGGAUAUUAACAAAGGACGGCAGAAUAAUACACGUGGAGACCGGCUUCUGCCUCGACGGUACCGAGUUGCACAGCAACGAGAACGUACGGGCAGCUCGCUGUGCCAAUGUGCCUGAUCAACUUUGGAAAUUCGACUUUUAUACUCGUAGUGCUCAGGUGUAGCACAUUCUGCAAUACUCUUCGCUUACGCGGUAUUUCUGGUGCCUUCAAUUUGUGAAAUAAAGAAUUUUUUACACACUGUU